CCUCGCCCGGCACCAUAGAGUCGCGAGGGGGCGUGGCCAGAGCGGCGCGCGGCAAGAUGGCGGCGGCCAGGCUGGGAGGAACGCUCUGCUCCCUGCGCCGUCAUCUCCUGUGGCCGCUGAUCCCACAGCGCAGCUACCGUGGGGACUCCCCUAUGGAUUCCGGGAAAGAUGUGCUGGAGAUCCCACUGCCCCCCUGGCAGGAGCGCCCCGAGGAGCCUCUGSACACCAAGAGAGCCCGGCUGCUGUACGAGAGCAGGAAAAGGGGGAUGCUGGAAAACUGCAUCCUGCUCAGCCUCUUCGCCAAGGAAAACCUGGCCCAAAUGAGCGAGGAGCAGCUGAACCGCUACGACCGCCUCAUCAACGAGCCCAGUAACGACUGGGACAUUUAUUACUGGGCCACUGAGGCAAAGCCCACGCCAGCGGARUUCGACACCGACGUGAUGGCCAUGCUGAGGGAAUUUGCCAAAAACAGGAACAGGGAGCAGAGGCUCCGGCAGCCAGACCUGGAAUAUCUGUUUGAGCCACCACGCUGAGGGAGGGGAUGCCUCUGUGCCCAUUCCCUGGAGGACUCUGGACUGAUGUUUCUGCCUUCCCUGUGGUUUUGCUCCUCUUCCAGCAGCCUUUGGACGCUCGCUCGUGGAAUGCUGAAUAAAGCCGUGGCUGCCGGCCCUGCCCCUCUCUGCA